UCGGCGCGCCAUUGGGAGGCCCGCAGCGGCUGCUCGGUGCCCUUGCUGCCGGCGGCUGCGUCUCGGUCGCGCCCGGAGCCGGGCCGGGCGGGGGCGGACGGCCGAGCGCCCGCGGAGCGUCCUCGCCGGCGGGAUGUGGCGACUGCGGCGGGCCGCCGUGGCCUGUGAGGUGUGCCACUCCUUAGUGAAACGUAGCUCUGGAGUCCAAGGAACUUUACCGCUACAAAAACUGCAUCUGGUUUCACGAAGCAUUUAUCAUUCUCAUCAUCCUACCUUAAAGCUUCAAAGACCCCAAUUCAGGACAUCAUUUCAUCAGUUCUCUUCUUUAACUAACCUUCCAUUACGUAAAUUGAAACUUUCUCCGAUUAAAUAUGGCUACCAGCCACGCAGGAAUUUUUGGCCGGCGAGAUUAGCUGCAAGACUCUUAAAACUUCGGUAUCUCAUCCUAGGAUCUGCUGUUGGCGGUGGCUAUACAGCCAAAAAGACUUUUGAUCAGUGGAAAGAUAUGAUACCUGACCUGAGUGACUAUAAAUGGAUUGUGCCUGACAUUGUAUGGGAGAUUGACGAGUAUAUCGAUUUAGAGAAAAUUAGAAAAGCACUUCCUAAUUCAGAGGACCUUGCAAAAUUGGCACCUGACUUUGAUAAGAUUGUUGAGAGCCUCAGCUUAUUGAAGGACUUUUUCACCACAGGUCACAAAUUGGUUAGUGAAGUCAUAGGAGCUUCUGACCUACUUCUCUUGUUAGGUUCACCUGGAGAAACAGCAUUUAGAGCAACAGAUCAUGGAUCUGAAAGUGACAAGCAUUAUAGAAAGGGUCUGCUUGGUGAGCUCAUUCUCUUACAACAGCAAAUUCAAGAGCAUGAAGAGGAAGCCCGCAGAGCCGCUGGCCAAUAUAGCACGAGCUAUGCCCAACAGAAGCGCAAGCUUGUUUCUGCGGAGGAUUCCGCUCUUUCUCCAUCAGUUUCACAGCCCUGGAAUUGUAGAAAAGCUCUGGUUUCAAGACCAUUGAUACCCAUUUCUGUCAGGGUGACAGACAAAGAGAAAAUUGACCAGCUUCAAGAAGAACUUCUGCAUACUCAGUUAAAGUACCAGAGGAUCCUGGAGCGAUUAGAAAAAGAGAACAAAGAAUUACGAAAAUUAGUAUUGCAGAAAGAUGACAAAGGCAUCCAUCACAGAAAACUUAAGAAAUCUUUGAUUGACAUGUAUUCUGAAGUUCUGGAUGUUCUAUCUGAUUAUGAUGCCAGUUAUAAUACACAAGAUCAUCUGCCAAGGGUUGUUGUGGUUGGAGACCAGAGUGCUGGAAAAACUAGUGUGUUGGAAAUGAUUGCUCAGGCGCGGAUAUUCCCUCGAGGAUCUGGGGAGAUGAUGACACGCUCUCCGGUUAAGGUGACCCUGAGUGAAGGUCCUCACCAUGUGGCCUUGUUUAAAGAUAGUUCUCGGGAGUUCGAUCUUACCAAAGAGGAGGAUCUUGCAGCAUUAAGACAUGAAAUAGAACUCCGAAUGAGGAAAAAUGUGAAAGAAGGCUGUACUGUUAGUCCUGAGACCAUAUCCUUAAAUGUAAAAGGCCCUGGACUGCAGAGAAUGGUGCUUGUUGACUUACCAGGUGUGAUUAAUACUGUGACAUCAGGCAUGGCUCCUGACACAAAGGAAACUAUUUUCAGUAUCAGCAAAGCUUAUAUGCAGAAUCCUAACGCCAUCAUACUAUGUAUUCAAGAUGGAUCCGUGGAUGCUGAACGCAGCAUUGUUACAGACUUGGUCAGUCAAAUGGAUCCUCAUGGAAGGAGGACGAUAUUUGUUUUGACCAAAGUUGACCUGGCGGAAAAGAACGUGGCUAGCCCAAGCAGGAUUCAGCAGAUAAUUGAAGGAAAACUCUUCCCAAUGAAAGCUCUAGGUUAUUUUGCUGUUGUAACAGGAAAAGGAAACAGCUCGGAAAGCAUUGAAGCUAUAAGAGAAUAUGAAGAAGAAUUUUUUCAGAAUUCAAAACUCUUAAAGACAAGCAUGCUAAAGGCACACCAAGUGACCACAAGAAAUUUAAGCCUUGCUGUUUCAGACUGCUUUUGGAAAAUGGUACGAGAGUCAGUUGAGCAACAGGCUGAUAGUUUCAAAGCAACACGUUUUAACCUUGAAACUGAGUGGAAGAAUAACUAUCCUCGCCUGCGAGAACUCGACCGGAACGAACUAUUUGAAAAAGCUAAAAAUGAAAUCCUCGAUGAAGUUAUCAGUCUGAGCCAGGUUACACCAAAACAUUGGGAGGAAAUCCUUCAGCAGUCCUUGUGGGAAAGAGUAUCAACUCAUGUGAUUGAAAACAUAUAUCUUCCAGCUGCACAGACCAUGAAUUCAGGGACUUUCAAUACAACAGUGGAUAUCAAGCUUAAACAGUGGACUGAUAAACAGCUUCCUAAUAAAGCAGUAGAGGUUGCUUGGGAGACCCUACAGGAAGAAUUUUCUCGCUUUAUGACAGAACCAAAAGGGAAAGAACAUGAUGACAUAUUUGAUAAACUUAAAGAGGCUGUUAAAGAAGAAAGUAUUAAACGCCACAAGUGGAAUGAUUUUGCGGAGGACAGCUUGAGGGUUAUUCAACACAAUGCUUUAGAAGACCGCUCCAUAUCUGAUAAACAGCAGUGGGAUGCAGCUAUAUAUUUUAUGGAAGAAGCUCUUCAGGCUCGUCUCAAGGAUACUGAAAACGCAAUUGAAAACAUGGUAGGUCCAGAUUGGAAAAAGAGGUGGUUAUACUGGAAGAACCGGACCCAGGAACAGUUUGUCCAUAAUGAAACCAAGAGUGAAUUGGAGAAGAUGCUGAAGUGUAACGAGGAGCACCCAGCCUAUCUGGCGAGCGAUGAGAUAACUACAGUCCGAAAGAACCUUGAAUCCCGAGGAGUAGAAGUGGACCCAAGCUUGAUUAAGGAUACUUGGCACCAAGUUUAUAGAAGACACUUCUUAAAAACAGCUCUAAACCAUUGUAACCUUUGUCGAAGAGGCUUUUACUACUACCAAAGGCAUUUUGUAGAUUCUGAGUUGGAAUGCAAUGAUGUCGUCUUGUUUUGGCGAAUACAGCGCAUGCUUGCUAUCACUGCAAAUACUUUAAGGCAGCAACUUACAAACACUGAAGUCAGGCGACUAGAGAAAAACGUGAAAGAGGUGUUGGAAGAUUUUGCUGAAGACAGUGAAAAGAAGGUAAAACUGCUCACUGGCAAACGAGUUCAGCUGGCUGAAGACCUCAAGAAAGUUAGAGAAAUUCAAGAAAAACUUGAUGCUUUUAUUGAAGCUCUUCAUCAGGAAAAAUAAAUGAAUCCUACUCAUAAUAUAUCACCUCAGCAUACAUGUGAAGAAAGAAAACUCCAAAGUCUCUUGUCCUGCCUUUUUUCCUUCUAUUUCACCUUUCUAAACAUAAAAUAAAGUCAUGGGAUAAAAAAAAAAUUAUGCGUGUUCGAGGCACUUUAACCAUCAGUUGCCUUUCGAAUGCAAGAACAGUGGAAAUGGCAUUAAAAUCCUAUUUUACUGUGUUGAAGUGACAAAUUGAGAUAAUACAGGUGGUGUGGCCGUUAGGGUCAGUCCUUGAAGAUAAGAAACUUGCUCUCCUGCUUGUCUCAUUUGUGGUGGCACUCGUUCAACUAAUUCAUGAGGGGAUGUUACUCAGUGUCCGUUUUUUUCCAGGGAGAAAAUGCCAGGUGUUGUGAAAAGCUAUCAGUUGUAUAUAAGAUGAUGGUAGCCCGCGGAGUUGUUGUCUGUAUCUGUAACGUUCUAUGUGCAGAAGCUGGUGAUGAAAAUUCAGUGUACAUUUAUCAUGUGAAAAGAGGACUAGCUAAGAGCAGAGCACCUCAAAUAAGUCAAUUUGGACGAUCACAGCUCCAUGUCCAGUGAGAGAGGUCCCGCCUCCAGUGACAGCUGAGAGCGCUCGCUGCCUUCGAGGUGAAGUCAGCAGCGCUUCCUUGUUCGCUUCCGUUGGCCCUGUUGUCCUUUCUGCACCCAUUUCAGAUUCGUUCAUUUUGAAUGUUGUAUAGGCAAGCCGGGUUUUCUGUUAACUCGCGGGGUUUUCUGAGCCUGUUGACAGCUACUGGAUUGUGACACAGGAUAAGGAAGACAAAGAACCAUCCGCUGACUGAUUUCAUGUAGACGGUGGUCAAGCAUUUCAGGUGGGCAUCGGGAAAAGCGAGAACGAGACUACUUUCUGCUACAAGACUCUUUUUAAAUAGAACUUAUUUCAACAGAAUAAUGUUGACCACCUCCCUCUUGGCUGAAGGUGUAAAAAAGAAAAACCUAAGAUUUGGUUCAUUGCUAUUCAGUUACAGUCCCUUCACAGUGUUUUCUUGUGUUUCAUACAAAUAACUUUUUUUUUUAUUGGCUAAAGGACUUUAAGGCACAGAAAUAUGCCAUUUUUUACUUAGAUGGUCUUUCUCAUCUCUGCUGUUUGUUGCCAUUUCAUUAAGCCUUUAUUAUUCUAAUAAAAAGGCCCAUUGUGUGACAGUUUUUAUUUUAUAGUUAAUUUUACAGCUUUUUUUAGAAUUAUGGUGGGUAACAGUUCCCUUGCCACCCCACUUUUUUUUUUUUUUUUUUAAAUUCAGCAUCAAUGUAUUCUUCACUGUGAUUCCUUUCAAGGUCUGAUGACAAUAUGCAAAGUCGGAAGGAUAUCACAAAGUUAUUUCAUAAAUUCAGAAUCUGGUGAAUAUUUGUUUUAUACUGUCUGAGAAGAAAGGUAGAUCGAGCUGCACACGGCUGUCAGCAGCCCACACCCACAUCGUUCUGUGGCCGAUAAGUAGCCAAAGACAUUUCAUGUCUUUCAGCCCUAGGGCUGAUGGGUGAACAGAAAGGGAGCAGAGCCGCCCAGCGUCCUGUGCCGAAUUUGGAGAUGACCUCACUGGUUAACUCCUCUAACCAGUGCUGCUUGGUGGCAACUACCCCUCACGGAAGCAGGCACCGUGCAAUUAUUAAUAUUUUUAUAGUUGUAAAACACAACGACUUACAACUAUAAAUCUAUUUCUAAAGAAAUAGGACCAUGUUUAUUUGUGCUGUGGAUAGGAAAAAUACCCUCAGCUGUAUGUCUGUAGAUGUUUCCCAAGCAAAAGGCUGAUGUUACGUCAGUACUUUUUUCACAUCUCUUUGUAUAAAUCUAAGAAACGGGGAUGGGAGGGUCUUCAUUUCGAGGUCAGUGUUUGUAACUUAAACGUACAAAUAGAUGGUAAAAGUUAAUGUGAUUAAAAAUCCCGUGUAAGAGUCCAGACACCACCUCCUCCCCCGCAGUAAUAGGACUUCUUUCUAUCAUGGACUACGUAUUUUUUUUCUCCUUUUUAGCUGAUCUCAUUCUAAGCAUGCUUUUUUAUUUUUUUUCCUUGAAUGUUAGGUUGAUAACAUGUUAUUAAAAGAAAAAAAUAAAAUUCAGAUUCUCAACGGUAAACCCGGUGUGUUGUGUCUAUAGUUCAAAAAAUUACAAGUGAUUCGAAUUUAAACAAAUCACUUCAGAAAUUCAACGUACGGGAGUCAAGUACUAACUCGAGCAGGAAUCCUUUGUUUCUCGUGGCAGAAUUUGCCAAGAACAGAGCGAGGAGAGCUCCGUAUGGAAGACGAACAGCCACACACAGAGUAGGAGUGUCCGAGCUCAGUCCUGGUGGGCAAUGCACAGUAGCACACAGGCCGCCCUGCUGCUUCACGGGGCCGCGGAGCCCCAGCUGCAGGUGAGCCGUCCGCCUUUCCUGGUGGCUUCGUCGACUCCUCUUUGUGUUCCCUCCGUUUUUCAGGCUUUACUCCAGGGGGCCCCUUCCCACCAGCGGCGUGGCCUCCAAAUGCAAAGGAGUGUGUAAAAUGAGUAGGGAACAUUGCAGAGUGGUGCUUCCUCACCGUAUAAUUUGGGAAAUUCACCCGUGAUAAAGGUUCAGAGCAUAGGCUUAAGAGGUGAAUUCCUUAACUACUUAAUAAUUGUAUAUUUCGGAUGUAUUUAUCUGCAGAAAGAAAUACGGUAUUUUAGUUUUCCUGUAAGAGGGAUCAAAAUAAUGCUUCUCCACGCUGGUGUUUGCCGUAGUUUCAGGUACUUCAGGAGUACAGAGACGCGCUUACAAAUACACUUAGUUUUGAAUGAUCAUGGCUGUGUGUUUAAAUACCUAAAAUUCAACCUCGUGUUUACUUGUGCACUGUGAAUGAACUUUGUAUUAUUUCUUGAAACCUUCACACUCCGCGUAGACGUCACUGCAAUUUAUAUUUUGCCUGUGCUUAAUUAAGGUCAUUUGUGUAGAUGAGCAAUUAAAGAUAUUUAAAUCACGUCCCGAUUCUACAUUGGAGAGCAUCUUUUAACUUCUCUUUGUAUUAAUGAGGGGGUGAGAGGAGAGGAGAGACCUGUGCGCACAGGGUCCUCACGUGAUCUCACGGUGCCACCAAAUCCGUGGCCUCACAGGCCGCCUAACGUGGCUCUUCUGGGUCCUUACACUUCACAUGCUUCACAUCUCACACUUGUAAUCCAUGGUCAGACACUGCUGUCUUUUUUCGUGUCUUGAUACUUGUCAAAACAUUUUGCUAUUUUCUUUGAUAAAAUAUAUUAAAAAUGUCUUUUAAUUGGA